UUGAGCGGUGUAUUUUGCGACUCUUUAUCUUUAAUAAAUAAGCAAUAACAUAGUUUAAGUGCAAGAAAUGCUUACAAAAUCGUUACUUGUGAGUGUAGUUUUAUGUGGAUUACUAAACUGUACAGUUCAGAGUAGUUUUAUCGCUGAAAAUGGGACGAAUAGGAAUUUUGUUUACAAUGUGUACGAAUAUGACACCCUCAUCAGCAUCACUGUGAACUCAACGACUGAACAAAUCUUGGACUUCAAUGAGACGUCAGACAAAUGGCGCCACCUACCGACACGAGUACACGUCUCCACCACCGACAUCGUCGACGGUGACCACCCCGUGUUCGUCACCGCCACGCAGCAGAAAGGCGUGUCAUCAUGGGAGCUCCCUCUAGUGGUGCAAACUAGUAACUGGCGAUGGCGAACUAAUGACAUGGCGCGCACGCUCUGUCCACAUGACGCCGGGCCUAACAUAACGACGGUGAAUCGGCCGACGAUACAAAUAACCACGUCUAAUCCUACCGACGUGCCCGUCGCCAUCAAACUUCGGCGGGUCACAGACUUCUUCAUACAAGUGGAUAAGGAAGUGUACUUGAACGUGACUCCGAGCUCACCCAAGUAUUACUACUUCUCGUUCAACAGCGACCCGCCACACAAUAAUACUAGAACUACAGAUCUCCACAUACCCUCACUAAGGUUUAAUUACACAAUUCCGAAGAGUGUGAUUCUGAUCGUAGAGUCGGAUGAUGACAUCUGUGCUGUCAUCUCCAUACAAAACAACUCGUGUCCAGUGUUUGAUAACGAACAAGAUGUCAACUACCAGGGCUACCAUCUUACCAUGAUGAAUAAAGGAGGGAUCACACUUACUCAAUCCAUGUUCCCCGUCGGUUUCUACGUGGUAUUCAUAGUGAAACAGGGCGAUGAGGACUGCACGGGUGCGAGCGAGACGACGCUAAAGGAAUACAGCAUGGGAACUGAGAGGGUUAAGAGUUUCAGGUUCCGUAUAAUAGCCACCAUUUCAUACGCGGAAUACGUGGUGGCUGCCCUCGUCGUGUUGGCAGUCCUCGUGCUGCUUCUGGCGCUAACUGCCCUCAUUUCCUGCUUCACCACCAAGUGUACAGAGCAAGUGGUCGUCAUAGACGAAGCGGCGCCAUCUACAUCCCGAGGGCCCGGCGACGAAACUCCACUGUUUGAUGACAAAUUACCCAGAUCGGACUCGUUUUCGUCGGACGGGUCGGAGCCCCGCGAGUUGGUGUUAGCGCAGCCCCUGACGGUUGCGGGGCUUAAUCGACGCCCCACGUACGCGCGCCGCUCUGACAGAUAUUUCUGGAGCGCGCUGACGGUGGCGGUAGUGUACGCUCUUCCGGUCGUACAACUGCUCUUCAUGUAUCAAAGGAUGGUCUUCCAGACAGGCAACCAAGACCUGUGCUACUACAACUUUUUCUGCGCGCACCCGCUAGGCCCCCUCGCGGACUUUAACCACGUCUACUCGAACAUUGGCUACGUCCUACUAGGCCUCGCCUUCAUGGCCCAAGUGAGGAUACGGCAGGUCGCGCAGAGGAAAAAACAGUUGGGCAUCCCUCCCCACCACGGCAUUUUCUACUCGAUGGGGCUGGCCCUCAGCAUGGAAGGCAUACUGUCCGCCUGUUACCAUCUGUGCCCCAAUAAGAUGAACUUCCAGUUUGAUUCGUCGUUCAUGUAUGUGAUAGCGGUGCUGUGCAUGAUCAAGCUGUACCAGAACCGUCACCCGGACGUCAACGCGAACGCGCACUCCACGUUUAUGCUGUUGGCUGUCGUUAUGACUAUUGGUCUGUUCGGGAUCAUGUACCCGAGCGUAUAUUUCUGGGUGUUGUUCACCAUCCUUCACCUCACCACCUGUUUCAUGUUGACCAUGAAGAUAUACUAUGUCGGUCAAUUUAAAUUCGAGCGAGCGAUAUUCGGACGAGCUAUAGACGCCUUCAAGUCUCGGGAUGGCAGCAUAAUAACAUUUCUGCGGCCAUCUUAUGGUGCGCGUGCGAUUCUGCUCGCCGUGGCCAAUGUCGCCAACUGGGCGUUGGCCGCUUAUGGCAUGUACGAGCAUAAUAAGGACUUGGCGCGCCAUCUACUCGCCAUCCUCAUGGGCAACACCGUGCUUUACCUCCUCGGCUAUGUCAUCAUGAAACUUGUCAACAAAGAAAAGGUGCCGGUGCGGGCGUGGAUGUUCUGUGCUCUAGCUCACCUCUGCUGGAUCGUGGCCAUAUAUUUAUUCCUCGACGGACAUACGAGAUGGGCGGACACGCCAGCGCAGUCCCGCCGCCGCAACGCUGUCUGCUCGUCGCUGCAGUUCUUCGACAGUCACGAUCUGUGGCACGCUGCUUCCGCGGCCGCGCUGUACCUGUCCUUCAACAUGUUGCUGACGAUAGACGACCCGUUAGCUGACACCCCUAGGGAACUCAUACCUGUAUUUUAAUUGAGAUUUCAACUAGCGGUGACAAAGUUUGUUACACGAUAUCUUGAGUAUUUUUCAACCGAUAUUCAUGAAAUUUUGCAGGUACGUAGCUCGAAUAAAUACUAUUUUUAAGUUCUAAUUUGAAGAAAAUCGGCCUAGUGGUUAGGGAGUUAGAGA